UCUCUCUGUUCUGAAGCUUUCUUCUAUUUUCUUCAAGGUUUCUCUUUUUCUUUAACCCAUUUCUCUCUCACUCUGUUAGUUUAUCCUUUCGUCGAGUCCUCUGCUCCUACAUUCUCUCUGUGCUAUUUCGUCUAUGAUUUUCUCAUGAUUUUGUGUUCAUUCUCUGUUUUCAUUCUCUCUUGAGUACCUUUGAGCUAUUUGUUUAUCUCAAGCUGUUUUCCGCUCUGUUUUCCUCGCAUUUGCUGAGUUUUUUUUUUGUCAAAUAAGGCUCCGUACUCUGUUUCUUGCUUCUUUUUUUUUUUUUUUUUUUUUGAUUCUUCUUUGGUAUUUGGUGCAUUUUCGAUUCAAUUUUGACAUUUUGGGUGUUGGGUUUCUUUUAUUUUCUUCGGUUUCUGCUUGUACUGGGGUUGCUGUUUGUUGGUGUAUUUCCCCUGUUUUUCUGGUGACGUAGAUUUGGACCGGACUGGGGGAGGAACAGCGCCAUCUGAUGGCGCUGUUUAGAAAAUUAUUCUACCGGAAGCCUCCUGAUCGGCUUCUCGAGAUUGCGGAGAGAGUUUACGUGUUUGAUUGUUGCUUCUCUACCGACGUCUUGGAAGAGGAUGAGUACAAAGUAUAUUUGGGUAGCAUUAUACCAAAGCUGCAAGACCACUUUCCUGAUGCAUCUUUCAUGGUGUUUAACUUUAGUGAACGAAAGAGGAAAACUAAAACUUGGGACAUACUGUCUCAAUAUGGUAUGACAGUGAUGGAAUAUCCUCUGCAAUAUGAAGGGUGUCCUCUACUGCCAUUGGAGAUGAUCCACCACUUCAUUCGGUCGAGUGAAAGCUGGUUUUCAUUGGAGAGACAAAAAAAUGUAUUGUUGAUGAACUGUGAACCUGGAGGAUGGCCAAUCCUUGCUUUCAUGCUUUCAGCUCUCUUAUUGUACCGUAAACAAUAUGAGGGGGAGCAGAAGACCCUUGAAAUGGUCUACAGGCAAGCUCCUACAGAACUUCUCCAUGUCCUUUCUCCAGUAAACUCACAGCCUUCUCAAAUGAGAUACCUUCACUAUCUUUCUAGGAGAAAUCUAGGUUCUUAUUGGCCUAUACCUGAUACACCUCUAAUUUUAGACUGUCUGAUACUUCGAGAGCUUCCUAUGCUUGAUGGAGGAAAAGGGUGUCGGCCUAUCAUACGCAUUUACGGUCCGGACCCUUUAACACCAGGAAACAGAAAUCCUAAACUUUUUUUUUCCAGUGCAAAGAUGGAAAGAAAUGGUCUCCAGUAUCUACAGGCAGCAAGCAGAGUUGUAAAAAUGGAUGUUCGUUGUCAUGUUCAAGGCGAUGUUGUUCUUGAAUGCAUCCAUUUAGAUGGAGAUCUAAUACACGAGGAAGUGAUGUUUAGAGUUAUGUUUCACACAGCGUUUGUGCAUUCAAACAGUUUGAAGCUCAAUCGUGAUGAGGUUGAUGUUUUAUGGGAUGCCAAGGAGCAGUUUCCUAAAAAUUUUAGAGUAGAGGUACAUUUUCUGAAUGCUGAACAUAUUGUGCCAAACCUCACCUCAGCAGCAAAAAGUGAUGACAAAAUCGAAAUCGAAAUCGAAAGCAAUUCGACUGAGGAGUUUUUUGAAGUGGAAGAAAUAUUUAGCAACUUUGUUGACGUGCAGGAAGUAAUGAGGGAUUAUGAUGUUCAAAUGGUACAUGCGAAUGAAACGGAUGCUAUAGACAAUCAAGCAGUGUUAAAGGAAGAUGCAGACCCGCCUACAUUUCAACGCUGUAAAUCAUUUGGAGGGAGUCAUGACUUUGACAAGAAGAUGGAUUGUAACGUUGAAGCAGUGAAGGACAUCACUGUUGAUGAUGUGACUUUCAAAACAGAUGAAAAAAUGGACUCUGGUUUUCAUGCCGUGAAGGACAUUGUUGUGAAUUAUGGAGAUAACAAGCCAAAUCCUUUACUAUUUUCUGGUAAUGUACUGAAACGUACAGGGAUCAAGGAACUGAUAGACGAUGCUUAUGACAUGUUGGACGGGGUGGAGCAUAAAGGGUAUGGAGAAGAUACUGCUAAUCCACACGUUGAGUUAAAGCUUCCUUCAAAAAAGAUGGAAGCCGAUGCAUGGAGGCUUAAACUGAAUCCCAAACAGCCUGAAAAAGGGGACUUUCUUGUAAAACAGGCAAAACCAAAUACUCUUCCACCAGCUCUUCAGGCUAACACAUCUUUCUUGCAUGUAUCAUCUCCUAAAGUUUCUUUGUCACCCUCUUCAUAUUUUCACAUAAAUGCAAGAUCUCCUCCUCCACCACCACCACCACCUCCUCCUCCACCUUCCAAUCACUUGGCACCUAAAAGUUCAUCAUUAGUGUGUGGAAAUACACCUAAGCAUAGUGCUCCACCUCCUCCACCUCCACCUCCCAUACCUAGAGCUCUACCACAAUUAUCUCCCAUACGGCCACCGGCUUCACAUGGAGCUCUGCUUUCUCCACGCCUAACAAAUGCUAGAGCUCUGCCACCACCCCCUCCCCCACCUCCUCCAAUUCAGAGGACAGCUUCUGCACAUUUAACCCAAGGGCGACAGGUUUUAACAUCUCCAGCAACAUGUGUUGUAUCAUCUUCCCUGCCAUCUCCAAUUUGUGAAGCACCAUCACCUCCUCAACCUACUACUGGUCCUCUUCCACUGGUUCCUUCUUCCAGAUCUCCAGGAGGUAUGUCUCCACACCCAGGAGCUAAAGGAGUAAGUUCUUCAACUGAUGUGAAAACAUCAUCUAUAGUAAUGAGGGGACGUGGGUUCUCGCGGAGCACGGGGAUGGCUGCUAAAGUGCCUCAACGAUCAUCAUUGAAACCUCUGCAUUGGAGCAAGGUAACUCGGGUACCAAAAGGGAGCUUAUGGGAAGAAUUGCAAAGAUCUGGCGAUUCUGAAAGUGCACCAGAAUUUGAUGUAUCUGAGCUGGAGACGCUUUUCUCUGUGACUGUCCCUAAACCUAUUGCUGAUUCAGGAGGUAAAUCCGGAGGACGAAGAAAGUCAGUUGGAUCAAAAUUGGACAAAAUUCACUUGAUUGAUCUUAGGAGGGCAAAUAACACUGAAAUCAUGCUAACAAAAGUUCGGAUGCCACUGUCUGACAUGAUGGCAGCAGUACUCUCCAUGGAUGAGUCAGUAUUAGAUGUAGAUCAAGUGGAAAAUCUUAUCAAAUUUUGUCCCACCAAAGAAGAGAUGGAGCUUCUCAAGGGAUACUCUGGUGACAUGGAUAAACUUGGCAAGUGCGAACAGUACUUUCUAGAGAUGAUGCAAGUUCCUCGUGUGGAGUCGAAGCUAAGAGUAUUUUCUUUCAAGAUUCACUUCAGCUCACAGAUGGCAGAGUUCAAAAAAAGCCUAAACACUGUAAACUCUUUCUGUCAAGAGGUAAGGAGUUCUUGCAAAUUGAAGGAGAUAUUGAAAAGAAUUCUUUGCCUGGGAAAUAUGCUAAACCAAGGAACUGCUAGGGGUUCUGCAAUUGGGUUCAGGUUGGAUAGUCUCUCAAAACUCACUGAUACACGUGCUUCUAACAAUAAGUUGACUCUCAUGCAUUAUCUGUGUAAGGUCGUUGCUUCGAAGUCACCAUCACUUCUUGAAUUUCAUCUGGACCUUGGUAGCUUGGAAGCUACGUCUAAGAUACAAUUGAAAUCUUUGGCAGAAGAAAUGCAAGCAAUAACAAAAGGAUUGGAAAAGGUGAAGCAGGAACUAGUUGCUUCUGAAAGUGAUGGCCCCAUAUCUCAAACUUUUCGUAAGAUAUUGAAAGGAUUUGUUAGUCUUGCCGAGAUGGAGGUCGAAUCUGUGACCGUUCUUUACUCGGUGGUGGGUAGAAAUGCUGAUGCACUUGCUCUAUAUUUUGGCGAGGAUCCUUCCCGUUGUCCAUUUGAACAAGUUACAGGAACUCUGUUCCAUUUUACAAAAUCCUUUCUGAAAGCACAUGAAGAGAAUAGCAAGCAGUUAGAAAUGGAGAUGAGAAAGCUGAGAAAAUCUAACAAGAUCGAUACAAAACUGAGUUUGGAGGUGGUAGAAACUUUAGCCUCCCAGAAGGUUUGCCAACACUAAUGGACAAUUCAAUUGUGACUCUGAAUUUCCUCCAAACCAACACAAUUUGCUUCAAUCUUCAUAAUCUUGAAGUAAAACUGGAGCAGACCCUCUGCAUUAGUUUUGUUGGAUGAGGCAUUCAAGUUGAGAAUUUGAAUAGCUUCACAACUGAGCCAGCGUCUAUGAACCAGCCAGACUCUCAGCCGUAGGGAUCUUACAUCCACCAGCCAUAACUAUCUGUACAAAGCUCUCUCCCUCUUCAUAUUUCUUGACUUUACCAAUUCUGUAACAUAAGUUUCUGAAUUUCUAUCCUUAACGAUGUUGUAUAGCUCUAUAAAUAAGAACCAUUAAAUCAUUUACAACAUUUUCAA